AUGGAGUCGUUGAGUUCGCGGCCGCCGGCUGUGUCCUUGGGUGUUCCCACCGUGUUGCCUGGCCUGGAUGAGAUCCUCUACCGGGAAGCGGAGGAACGGAAACACCGCCAAGAGAUGCGAGAACGAGAAGCCUUGAUUCACCUCCGAGAGCAAUCCAUUCCCCGUUUAGGGCGGCGUUCCAAAGCCUAUUACGGCGCACGGUUGGAACGGGAACUGCUGGCAGCCUUUGACCAAUGUCCUGAGAGGAACUUCAUUGCCUUGAAUGAUCAGAAAGAGGUUUUGGCGAUUCCCAGAAGCAAGGUGGGCGACGUGCUGGAGCUCAUGGGCUUUGUGAAG